UCUGCAGCCUCCGCUGACGACGAUGACGAUGACGACGAUGAUGACAUUGAGGUCUCUGCCUCUGUCUUCCUUAAGAAAGCAGAACCUGCUCCGGAGAGCAAGAAACUGGCCAAGAAACAGGAGGAGGAGGAAGAUGAAGAUGACGAUGAUGAUGAUGAGGAUUGGGGAACACCCUCAGACGAAUCUGAUUCCGAAUCUGACGAUGAUGACAGCAAAUAUACCUCCCUCGCCCAUAAAUUCCUGAAAAAGCAGCCGACAGAAGAUGAGAAACGAGCUGCGGACCGGAAACGGGAUGAUAAGAUGAAGAAACGGAUGGAACGCAAGGAUAAAAAAAAGAACGAGGACGAGGAUGAGGAAGAUAACGAGGGCGGAGAGUGGAAACCCGUCAAGGGCGGGGCUCCCAUGGUCUCGGAAAAGCCCAAGAUGUUUGCCAAGGGCACUGAGAUCAACCACACUGUGGUCCUGAAGAAACUGAACGAGAUUCUACAGGCUCGAGGGAAGAAGGGGACGGACAGGGCAGCCCAGAUCGAGAUGCUGACGGAGCUCUGCACCAUCUCUGUGGCCCACAACCUGGGAGAGGGCAUCAUGCUGAAAAUCAAGUUCAACAUCGUGGCUUCAUUGUACGACUACAAUCCUAACCUGGCGUCGUGUAUGAAGCAAGAUAUGUGGAGGAAAUGUCUGGGCUGUGUGGAUAACCUGCUCGAUAUCCUGUUCGAAUGUCCCAACAUCUUCAUCGGGGAGAAUAUUGGGGAGGAUUCAGAGAAUCUCUCCAAUGCUGAACAGCCGUACAGAGUGCGUGGCUGUAUCCUGACACUUGUAGAGAGGAUGGAUGAAGAGUUCACCAAAAUCAUGCAGAGCACAGACCCCCACUCACAAGAGUACGUGGAGAACCUGAAGGACGAGUCCCGGGUCUGUCAGAUUGUGGAGCGCCUGCAGCGGUACCUGGAGAUGAAGGGCUCUACAGAGGAGAUCUGCCGUGUCUACCUCCGCCGGAUCAUGCACACCUAUUACAAGUUUGACUACAAAGCCCACCAGCGGCAGCAGCCGCCUGCUGACCAGUCCAAGUCGGAGCAGGACCAGACAGAGAGUGAAGCAGAGGACAGUGGGCUGCUGAUGGACCGGCUCUGCAAGUACAUCUAUGCCAAGGACCGGACUGACCGCAUCAGGACCUGUGCCAUUCUCUGCCACAUCUACCACCAUGCACUGCACAACCGCUGGUUCCAGGCUCGAGACCUCAUGCUCAUGUCCCAUCUGCAGGACAACAUUCAACACGCAGACCCGCCUGUGCAGAUUCUCUACAAUCGGACCAUGGUGCAGCUGGGGAUCUGCGCUUUCAGACAGGGAAUGAUUAAAGAUGCUCACAACGCCCUUCUGGACAUCCAGUCGAGCGGCCGCGCCAAGGAGCUGCUGGGCCAGGGUCUGUUGAUGAGGAACAUGCAAGAGAGGAACCAGGAGCAGGAGAAGAUUGAGAAGAGGCGACAGAUUCCUUUCCACAUGCACAUUAACCUGGAGCUGCUGGAGUGUGUCUACCUGGUGUCGGCCAUGCUGCUGGAGAUCCCCUACAUGGCUGGCCACGAGUUCGACGCCAGGCGCAGAAUGAUCAGUAAACAAUUCCAUCACCAGCUCAGGGUGGGAGAGAGGCAGCCACUGCUGGGUCCCCCGGAGAGUAUGAGAGAACACGUGGUUGCAGCUUCCAAGUCAAUGAAGAUGGGAGAUUGGAAAACAUGUAACAACUACAUCAUUAAUGAGAAGAUGAAUGCAAAGGUUUGGGAUCUGUUCCCGGGAGCAGACAGAGUCCGGGAAAUGCUCGUCAGGAAGAUUCAGGAAGAGUCUCUGCGCACUUAUCUUUUCACCUACAGCAGUGUCUAUGAUUCUAUAAGUAUGCAUACACUUGCUGACAUGUUUGAGUUGGAGAUCCACAUUGUCCACAGCAUCAUCAGUAAGAUGAUCAUUAAUGAGGAGCUCAUGGCCUCUCUGGACCAGCCAACGCAGACGGUGGUGAUGCAUCGCACAGAGCCCACCUCCCUCCAAAACAUGGCUCUCCAGCUAGCUGAGAAACUGGGAAACCUGGUGGAGAACAACGAGCGGGUGUUUGACCUGAAGCAGGGCACCUACAGUGGCUACUUCAGCCGAGGUGAGGGGGAGAGGGAGGAG